GGGGCGGGCCUCCUGCUCCGUCGGGGCGGCGGAGCGCCUGCGCAGCUCUCUCCAGCCGGCGUGCGGCUGCGGCUUCCUUCGGACCCGUUUCUCUGCGGUCCAGCUGGGCCCUGAUCCCGGGAGGCUGGGGGCCAGGGGUCCGCGCGGAGCGGUCGGAGCGCGCCGGAACUGGGAAGGGGCCCCAGGAGGCAGGCCGCGGCCACGUCAUGCCCAAGGUCACGCUGCAAACGGCAGCUGUAGAGAUGUCGCUCUAACAGCGGGCUACCUGGACUUUGUCGCCAUCGAGCCUUGGAGGAUCUUCUGCUCUGAGGAAGUGCCACAGCUCUGACCCACAAGGCCUGGAAAGAGAGGACCUUUAGGCUGGGUGUGCAGGGUGGGGGCUUGGUCUCGUCCGGCUCAGUUUCUCUCUAGCCGCUGGCAGACUCGGGGUGGACUUGCCCCCCUCUGAUAGGCCCAUGGCACAUCGGCUACAGAUACGACUGCUGACAUGGGACGUGAAGGACACGCUGCUCCGGCUGCGCCAGCCCGUGGGAGAAGAAUAUGCCACCAAGGCCCGGGCCCACGGGCUGGAGGUGGAGGCCGCCACUCUGGGACGCGCUUUCAGGCAGGCCUACAGGACUCAGAGCCACAGCUUCCCCAACUACGGCCUGAGCCAAGGCCUCACCUCCCGCCGGUGGUGGCUGGAUGUGGUCUCACAGACCUUCCACCUCGCGGGCGUUCCAGAUGCCCAGGCUGUGGCCCCCAUCGCCGAGCAGCUAUAUGAGGACUUCUGUAAGCCUGGCACCUGGCAGGUGUUGGAGGGGGCCGAGGCCACCCUGAGAGGGUGCCGAAAACGAGGUCUGAGGCUGGCGGUGGUCUCCAACUUCGACCAGCGACUGGAGGGCAUCCUGAGGGGGUUGGGCCUGCGGGAACACUUUGACUUUGUGCUGACUUCUGAGGCUGCCGGCUGGCCCAAGCCUGACCCCCGGAUUUUCCACGAGGCUUUGCGGCUUGCUCAAGUGGACCCGGCAGUAGCAGCCCAUAUUGGGGACAGUUAUCACUGUGAUUAUAAGGGGUCACAGGGUGUAGGUAUGCGCAGCUUCCUGGUGGUUGGCCCAGAGCCUUUGGACCCUGCAGUCAAGGGUUCUAUACCCCAAGAAUGCCUCCUCCCCUCAUUGUCCCAUCUCCUGCCUGCCCUUGACCGCCUGCAAGGCUCACCUCUGGAACUUUGAGUCUGAUGAGGGAAGUGCCUCCAGCAAACUCUGGAGCUUGAGAGCGCCUUCCUUCCUGAGAUCUGGCCUUUGCCCCUCUCCUUCCGGCGUCCAAAUGCGCUCUGACUAUAAAGCUGU